UCGAAUUACAAUAAGUUUAAUUAGUUUCCAGUCUUUUUGUCUUCACCACGUGUUGCCGUGUGAGUUAACAUGGCGAGCGAUCAGGGACAGUAUCUGGAGCCGGUCAAGAAAAAGCCUAAAAUACGACCCAAUGAUCUUAAAAAUGAUAAUGGAAAUAUCACCACAGAUACAAGACCUAUGUGUAAAUAUAGUGUACGGUGCUUUAAGAGUAGUUCACAGCAUAAGAAAGAAUUUCAACACCCCGAAAGUUUGGAGAACAAUAGCGUAGAGAGGUGUCACGCACGAGACCAAGAACCAAGACAUGCAAACAGUGAUAAAGGCCUUCCACUUUGCCCUAAGGGAGUAGACUGUGAAGAAACUGAAUUGAUUCAUUUUGCAGAGUUUAGACAUCCGGUCACUGAGGAAUCUAAAGAAAACAGCGACAACGAGAAUGGAAGCUACUCGGUGAAGGAACAAGACGAGUGUGACGAAGUGGAACUUAGUGAAGGCUAUCAGUCAUGUGAGGCCACACAAGAAGUUAUGGAUGACUACGAAGAUAAACCAGAUGAAGAAGAUGGCAUCAAUAACACUCUCUCUAGCUCUUCAAUCCCUCGUGACGACACAGUUCUCAGCAGAGGUACAAGUAUUCUUCGUUGUUACUCGAUCCUGACUGAAGACGAACGCAAAGAACUUAUCCGACGCGCAUUUGAACUCAAAGACAUGUUGAAAAAAGAACUAAACGAUACACAUAAGAUCAUAGCUGAGAAAAAUAAGAUGUUGAAAAGAGUACACAGUCAGCUGGAAAAAACGUCUAAGAUUGAGGGGGAAAUAGAAGCGUUGGAGAAAGAUGAGAUGGUUUAUUUCCCUUUGUUUGCUGAGAGAGAGUACAAAGAAGGGUCUGCUGCCCAGAUCCAUUUUCGUUUAGCAGAGUCCCAGUUUUAUCGGCUGGUUGAUACAGCAAAUAAAUACCGUGUCACUAAGGUAGAUUAUAUCGUUAACCCAAUCUUGCUGAGAAUGUUCAAGAAGGCACAAGAUAACUUGAAGCAGAUGAGAGGAGAGAGUGAUUCUUAUCCUGUGCUAGCAUUCCAUGGGACCAAAGAAGAAAAUAUCCAUUCUAUUGCACAGACGGGAUUCAGACUGCCUGGUGAUGCUAACUUUGAACAUGCAACUGAUUCUGGUAAUUACGGCAGGGGUGUAUAUUUCAGUGAGUACCCCUCCUAUUCCAUGACAUACAUCAAGGGUGCGUCUAAACUGCUGCUAUGUCAAGUUCUUCCUGGAAAAGCAUAUCGCUGCAUGCAUCUCAUCGAUGGAGAGCCAUUACAGACAGGCUACGAUUCCCACACCUCCCCUGAUGGGAAAGAAUUGGUCAUUUUUAAAUCUCAUCACAUCUUGCCAUCAUAUGUGGUAUAUUAUGGUGAAGCAAAGGGCGACUUCAGCUAUCAAAAUGAAUAGUUAUACAAGGGCAGAUCGAAGUGGAUCGGUUUAAGGUGGCUAGCCACCCCUUUAUAUGGAGUACAUCCACUACUCAUGCUUUGCUAAGUUAUAUCAUAUAUCAUAUCAUAUCAUAUAUCAUAUCAUAUAUAUAUAUAUAUAUAUAUACCUGGUAAUUACUAGAUGAAAAUUAU